AUGGCGGCAAGCGCACUCUACCGUUUCCCUUCUGCCGUUGCUUCUUUCUCCUUCCCUACAGACGUAAAAUCGCUAACCAUUCCGUCACACUACUGCAACUUUUUCAGGCCAAUUUCUGUUUCUGGGCUAAGAACUCCUUCUAUUAGAGCUUCCAACUACAGGUUGAAAUUUUCGGGUUCAACAGCGGUGGUCUCCCGUCGGGCUUUUAAGCUCCGCGCGGUAGUGGAUGGUGAUUCUGCGACUGGCCCCGAACCAGAAUCCGAUAAUUCUGAAGCGGGUGCUAGUAUUGACUUAAAGCUGCCAAGAAGAAGCAUGCUUGUAGAAUUUACAUGCAAUUUGUGCGGUGAAAGAACAAGGAGACUUGUAAACCGAUUAGCCUAUGAAAGGGGUGUGAUUUUUGUUCAGUGCGCAGGAUGUCUCCAGCAUCACAAAUUAGUUGACAAUCUUGGCCUCAUCACAGAAUAUGACUUUCGGGGGAAAACCAACACGGACUCAGAAAUUGAUCAAGUUUGAUGGGAUAAUUACAGACAUUGUAAUAUUCUUCAUAACUUAUCCAAGUUAUUUAGAUAAUUUGAAAGUUUAUAUUCAUUAUUAUAUCCAAGCAAGUAUUUUGAAAA